AUGAGGUGUGAUGUUUAUUUUUUGUUUUUUUUCUCCUCCGACUGGCUCCAUUUGUAUAAAUGCAAAGUAGAACAACAAGUCAGUGAUUGCUCACCUGCAUGGGCCGCACAAAGAUCAGGACAUUGCGUUUGCCGUUGUGCGCCAACACAUUUUCGGACGAGUUUGCGAACUUCCACGCUUAGUGGAAGUUUUACAUCUAACUGGUCGUUCCCGUUCCCGCUCCAUUGCGAUUCUGAGAUCAACAACUUCAGAAUUUCUUCCGGUCGUCACUUUUCAUUUCUUUGCAUCAUUUGCGGCACAGUCAUGCAUUUGUUGCUUCUUCCUAUCUUCUCAAUCUGA